CAAGCAUCAUAUGUAUGUAGUUACUACACGUAGUUACUAGUUACAUACUAUGUAAGUACCAGUAGUACAGCGUACCAGUAGUACAGCCGCCUGUUUUCGUCCAACCACAACUCGUUCUCAAGACACGUCCUUCAGUAAAAGCCACUGAAAGGAUCAACAUUUUCUAACUAAACCCACCUUUACCUUUUUAUAACUUAUUUUUUUCAACCUUUCCAUACCACAUACCACCGCUCUGUUUCCAUUCCCUAUCACAGGCCUCUUGAGUCACCUAAAUCUCCCUCGUGUUUACAGUCACAUGCGUCCUCAUCCCGCUCUAUUGCUUUUCUAUCCCCUUCACCUGUAAUAGCCCCCUUCGUUAAUUGGUUCGCCGUCUAUCUUCGCAUCCACUCCAGUGUAUUCAGUGUACAAGGUGAAGUUGUCUUUCUCCAGCUAAGAAAGGAGCCGAAGCGCUUCGUAGAGUGUCCUUCCGUAACGAUAUUCAGAGAUUCCCAAUUCGCACCAUCGCCGAAAUGGCCGAUUCCAUGAGCCGCCCUAUACCCGUAUCGUCUGUCAAGUCUGAGGGCGCCCAGACUGACGAUGACAAUGCUCUAACGCCUGAUGAUACCACCACGCCGUCUUUUAGCUCGUCACCUCUCCAACAAGCUGUUAUUGAUCCAAAAAUAAACGACGAGGAGCCUAAGAGCCCACGAACGUCGAGGAACCCCUCCUUCUCGGGGAGCAGCUCCUAUCAUGAAGACUGGGAUUCCUACCCUCCUCUAGACCGUCUGACCGUCCUGGACCUGCUGGACAAUUUUGCCUUGCCGCAGCAGUUAGAGAAGCUUCAAAAGGGAAUAUCUGCUCAGACCGAGAAGGUCCGCAAAUCACGAGCCGCCCUCAAAACCAGAGGCCAGGAAGCUAGGGAGCGAAUGGUCGAGGAAUGGCGGCGGCGUGUGCCCUCGGCUGACGAGCAGCUGGAGAGGUACAGGAAGCGGAUGAAGCAGAGUGUCGAGAAGCUGGGUCGUCGAUGGAACGACACCAAAAUAAUCACGAUGCGCGAAAAGGUUUCCUUCAUCUGCGGUGUGAUGAAUAUCUUUAUCAGCGGCUACUUAAUAGGUGCUUACCCCGAGUAUUUCUAUAUCUGGUACACCGUCCAACUUCUCUACUUCAUGCCUAUUCGCUUCUAUACCUACCGCCGGCGCGGUUAUCAUUACUUUCUGGCCGAUCUCUGCUACUUUGUCAACCUAUUACUGUUUCUCAGCCUCUGGAUCUUUCCAUCCUCUAAAAGGCUGUUUAUUGCCUCUUACAGUCUGGCUUAUGGAAACAACGCCGUGGCAAUAAUUAUGUGGCGUAAUUCGCUCGUGUUCCACGACUUCGACAAAGUCACGUCGCUAUUUAUCCACAUAAUGCCAUGUGCCACGUUGCAUUGCAUCGCCCAUCUACUACCAACCGAACAACUCCACGAACAAUUUCCCGCCAUUUGGGCCAUCAAGACUUCUCCGCCAGGUUCUCCAACUGCCUAUGGUAAUCUCAUAUCCAUGCUCACUUGGUCUACUUUUCCAUAUGCUGUAUGGCAGCUUAGCUAUUAUUUCUUUAUCACGGUUCGCAGGCGAGAGAAGAUUGCGGCCGGAAGGCCUACAUCAUUCACUUGGCUACGCCGCUCAUACUCGAAAACAUGGAUCGGCAAAAUUGUUCUUUCGCUACCCGCUAGCCUCCAAGAGCCUGCCUUCAUGCUCAUCCAAUACUUGUACGCUGUAUUAACGAUGCUACCCUGCCCCCUAUGGUUCUAUAGCCGAUGGGCGUCGGCCGCUUUCCUCAUGAUCGUGUUUACAUGGAGCGUUUACAAUGGCUCGACUUUCUAUAUCGAUGUGUUCGGUAAACGAUUUCAAAAGGAGCUCGAGGCAAUGAAAGCUGAGGUUGCUAAGUGGCAGAACAGCCCUGAUGUGCUCGGCUCCCCCUUGAUGGCACCAGUACCCGGGCCCGAAGGCAAGAUCCACGCGACAGGCACCUCUGAAGCCUCUGAAAAAGCCGUUCAGAUUGAGGACCCAGCUAGUGGGCGACGCUUAAGUGUGGAUGAAAUUCCAUUGUUACAUGAAGAGAAGCCAGUCAAUGACGCCAAUUCUUUUAAGGAGAGCAACGUGGUAGCCAGUGGAAUUGAUAGUGUCGUCAUUGAUACUACACGAGCGAGGAAUUCUGGCGAAGUGCUUUCUUGACGAAUACUUUCGAACUGAACUCCAAACAGGCAGCCCCUAAUCCAAACGGCGGGUCAACUCGUUAAUUCUAUUUCAUCGGGGUUGUGGCACCAACUGCGAUAGUCCAGGCGUUUAUGGAAUGGCUGCACCCAAUCCGGCCCCCUUUCCUUUUCUUUCUUUGGCUCUUUGGACUCGGAGUUCUCGUAGGUAUGCAUGUGGUAGCAUGGUUAUGAAAGACUGAGUCAGAAGACGAUUCGAUACCCCCUUCAUGUCAGUUUAUUAGAGUACGAGUAGUUAGGAUUAAGCGUAAACUAAGAUAGACUAAUGAUAUACGAAAUAUAAUGAG